GGCAGCUUGGCGGUGUUUGUAUCUGGUGCCGUUGAAAUACUCCAAUGUCUAUUUGUGUAUAUUUCUAGCAAAAAUUUAUAUAUUUCUCCAAAUAUAUUUCAAAGUUGAAGCUUUAAAGAAAUUAUAUAUAUAUAAUUCCUGAAAUAAAAUGGCAAACUUCAUGUGCUUUGUGAUCCUUUCGUUGGCUCUGUGCGCCGGUGUUGCUGUGGCGCGGCCAGGAUAUGCUUUGGAUUAUUAUGAUCAUCCCAAAUAUGCCUUCAACUAUGGCGUGGCUGAUCACACCACAGGCGAUGUGAAGUCGCAGCAUGAGACCCGCGAUGGCGAUGUGGUCAAGGGUCAAUACUCUCUGGUAGAGCCCGAUGGCUCUAUUCGAACGGUGGACUACACCGCAGAUCCCAUUCAUGGCUUCAAUGCUGUGGUGACCAAGUCGGGUCCCACUGUUCAUGCCCAGGCAGUGGUGGCCAAGCCCAUUGUGGCUCACAAGCCAGUGCUGACCCACUAUGAACCCCAUGUGGUAAAGCAUGUGGCUCCAGUGGCGGCACCUCUGGUGGUGGCUUCCCCGGCGCCCUACGUGGCCAAGCACUAUGCACCGGCGGCAGCUGCUCCCAUCCACUACGACUACGAUGAUGGCUACUACAACCAGGGCCAGUACGAGUACAUCCCCCAGUACGAUGGACACUAUGGUCAUGACUAUGGCCACGAUUCGGGACACUAUGGCCACUAUGCGAGUCCCUAUGCGGGUCACUACUGAGCGGGGGUAGAAGGAGCAGCAUUAUCAUCGGUAGUUUCUUAAGCAAAUUUUAGUUUGUAUGUUUUGGAUCAAAAAUUGAAAGGAUUCCCUCAGCAGUGGUGUGACUUGCAAAGGAUGCUUCGACACCUAGAAGGCUUUUGGAUCAAAUAUAAGAGGAAAACGUAUAAAAAGAUUAAACUAACUUAAGUUAUUUACAAAAUUUUGUAAAAUAAAAAUUUGAAAAAAAAA